CGUCAUUGUCAAGGUGCACGUCGAUUUGUUUUUAUUCGAGAAAAAUACCGAUUGCUGAUAAAAACGGCAUUGUAAUUCAAUAUUCUCGAAUAAUUAUAACUUUAUAUAGUAUUCUAAGUAUUUCUGCACCAAGAUGUUGAUGUCCAAGCUGGAAGUCCUAGUAGACUUCGGUCCGAAGCCAGACGAAGUUGUCCUAAACAAGACCCUCGCAGAACUGAAGUCCCAAGAAGGAGUCAAAGAUGCUGUGUACAAGGAAGGCGCUAUAUUAGUAGAGACUGCACUACCAAGCACACAAGUACUGGAGAUGGUCUCCAAAACUUCUGGCAAACGAGCUGUGUUACAGGGCUUUGGAGAAACCCAAUCAGCAGUAGCGAUGAUAUCAAGCCAAUCAUGCUGCAAGAUUAAGAGGCAGGUGCUGGGAGUGAUCAGGUUCCAGCAGACGGAGGAAGGUGCUCUGGUGGCUGAUGGCAGCAUCGACGGGCUGCCGGCAGGCAUGCAUGGUGUGCACGUGCAUACUGCUGGGGAUUUGAGCCAGGGUUGCAAAUCUAUAGGGGAGCACUUCAAUCCGUGCGGGGCCCCGCACGGUGGUCCCGAAGACCCUAAGGACAGGCGCCACGCUGGUGAUCUUGGCAACAUCAUCGCUGAUGAGAAUGGACGCGCUACCUUCAGAAUAGUCGAUAAUGUACUAAAGGUAUGGGAUAUAAUCGGCCGAUCAGUGGCUGUGACUGAAAGAAAGGACGAUCUCGGACGAGGUUGUUCACCCUCUUCGAAGAUAGAUGGUGAUAGUGGGACACCGAUAGCCUGCGGCAUCAUAGCACGUUCAGCAGGAGUGUUCCAAAACCCGAAGCGUAUAUGCGCUUGCGACGGUGUCGUCGUGUGGGACGAGAGGGACCGCCCUCUAGCCGGCAAGGGCAGAAGAGAGGAGAAACAAGAGAAGCAAGAGAGGAGAUGUUGCCAGAAUCAUAGUAAUAACGCUAAUGUUAAUCCUUGUUGUAAGGUUUAGAUUUAAUAGUACGGCUUCGCAGGUAACCGGUGUGAAACGCUAAAAACUUUGGGUGCAGUGAAAGCACUCGAAACCCCCUUUUUGCAGCUCCAAUGCCUUUCAUUCUUAAAUUCCCAAGCUUUGAAUGCCUUACCCCUAAAUAGGCAGGCUACGCACUUGUGAUUCUCUAGUGUUGCCUGUGUUUAUGGGCGGCGGUGAUUGCUUACUAUCAUGUGAUCCGUCUACUCGUUCGCAUCCAAAAAAUAUGGGAAGUCAUCAAAUGUCUCCUCCUGUUCUGGGUGAGGCGAGAAUAUUUGGCUCUUACUGACUAAAUACCACCCCGAUUCUACUCCUGCUUUGAACGACUGAAACUAUGCCUCCGUUGUUAAGGUUACCGGAGGCCUAAUCCCGCUAGGACUAAUCACAGCACAUGACAGAAGUCGUAUGUCGACGAGCAAAAAAAUCAAUCGUCAUAAAUCUUACAUCGCACAUACGAAGUUUACAUGCGAAUAAACAUGGGUAGUUGGGCAGAAAGCCCGCCAUCCUUUUCUUAGGGAACUUUACUCUCUGUUCCCUAUAAUUCUGGUAAAAACGCUUUUUUUAUCAGAUUUUUUCCCAGACGCAUAUUACAGUGGCAUUUCAUGCACACCCACAUUUCACAAUUUAUUUAUAAGGCCCAUGUAAUAGGGGGUGAGUCUAUUGCCAUAUACUGGACACAAUUCCAGACUCCGUGCUACUACUGAGAAAUUUUCGAAAAACCGAAGCGCUUUUUAUUCUCAAAUGCUAUAAUAAGAAACUUUGAUUGCCCCACAUUGAUUUAUUUCACGCCGGUGUACUGAGAUAGGUUUUAUUUGUUUAUAAGGGGUGACGGGUGAGAUACCUUCAAUAUUUGAGGACGUGAUAGUGUGCGAACAUAUAUUAUGAAAUAAAAUAACAUAACAAUUAAAUAUUAAAUAACUUCUUAGUAAACUUCGUACAAAGUACACCGAGAGUCCAGUAUUUAUUUAUUUAACUGCGGAAUACUUGGACACCGCGCGGACGCACGGGUCGCGCAGCGCGCUAUCAACACAGAAUACAUAGGUACUAACACUGUACAGCUGUUACCUACCUACAUCGAGACCUAUCCAAAUUUCACUUAUUUUUAGAGACAUUUCGAUAAGAAAUUAAGUACCUAUUUUUUUAUACCAAGUUAACGAGAAUCGAGUACCCAGUGCUCUCCAUAAGUAUUGAACGUAUCUCACCAGUCAUACGGUAUAAGUACAUAUAUUGUUUUAAGUACCUAAUUAUGGGAAGGUAAUUAUAAGUUAUUUCUGUAUUGAUUUAAAUAAUAAAUAAUGUUGUUAUUGUUGAA